AUGUCUUGCGAUUUGGGACACGGUCACUUCGAAGCUAUCAAGGCCAUCCCUGAAGAUGACACCGAGAUGGACCAUAUCCUCGCCGGCAUGGCCGUCAAAAUCCUGGUGUGGGAAGACCUGGUCGGAUUUUUGAGAGAAUUAGGAAUGCAUCUCCAUGAGGAUCUGAAACGCCCACCAGGACUGUACCGUUACAUUUGUGAUCUUCACCACCGAGGCUCAGCAGCUAGCGCUGAAAUCACUGCAUACUUCGUACAGGUUGCAGCCUUUACCAAUACGCUGGAUUCUGAUCUCGACGCACGAAAUCGAAGUUGGGCCCAAUUGAGCAGUCACUCCGCCUUUGGACGCUGGAGGAACGGAGUCGUCUCCAAAAUCCCGCUGCUGAUCACGAUCGUCAAGGAGCAAAUCGACUGGGGCAGAAUGAUAUGCGAUGCAGCAUCUUUAGCAGGUGAGCGAGCAGUCAGAACCAUGAGCCGUCUCUAUGCGCACAUGCUAAAAGACUGGGAGUCAAGGGACGAACGUGAUAGCGGCAUCAAAUAA